AUGUCGCACCAUCACCACCACCCCCACCUUCAUCAGUUCUCGCUCCACUCCACCCAACCCCGUUUCUCGCCCUCCGACUGCUUUCGGGAGCCUAUUGCCUUGGUCGGUGUGCCUGAUAACAGCUGGUUACCUUUGGCUCCUAGAACCACCCGUCUGCCGAGUUUUUCCGAACUAUUGUGGUCACUGGAAGAAACAGCAAGACCCAUGUCUCCAGUAUCCUCCGAGCAAUCAGGGGACUCUUGCACCACCCUCUGGUCGCUCAACUCCAACCCGGGCUCCUCGCCUGAAGCCCCAAGUGCGCCCAACCCCAACCUUAACUAUACUUACGAAAAAUACCCAUCUACAGUUGAGCCGAUUAAACGGAAGUACGAGAACUCGGAGCAGGCUGUGAUUGACAAGACUGCCCGGAAAAAGACACGGAAAACACCAGCAGCGUCAACCGUCAAAGCCAUUAAGCCAAAAACGACCAAACCACGUGCAAAGAAGACCAAAGGCACAACAUCUCCAGCCGACGCUUCCGAAUCAGCGGCAGCCAGACCAGCCAGACCCCCUCCAGUCAAACCCCCUCCGCCUACUCCUGAACCAACCCUGGUAGAACAGCUCCUGGAACAUGGGCUGUAUGAAGGUGCUCAGCAAGACGCGUGCGAACGUCUGUACUGCUCCAAAUGCCGCUCGUACGCCAAAAAGACUCGAUUCGCAAACGUGGUUCGCCUGGCCACCCAUCUUGACGUUAAACAUCGGACUUUCCGACUCAAGAUCUUCUGCGAUCACAAACAGUGUCCUCGCUCCAUUGUCGGUUUCGCCAGCAACAAGGAGAAACAUGAACAUCUCAAGCACAUCCACGGACAAGUGCAAGAAUAG